AUGUUAGAGCUUAAGUUGAACAACGCAGUAGUCUUGAGGAGAAUUUUCGACUGUAUUAGGGAUCUGAUUACUGAUGGGAACAUCGAUUUCGACGCCACGGGAAUGACUCUUCAGGCUCUCGAUGGCAAUCACAUAGCGCUCGUUCACCUGAAGUUACACGAAAGUGGAUUUGUGUUAUACCGCUGCGACAGGCCCCGCGCGCUCGGAAUAAACAUCAAUUCAGUCACAAAGGCGUUUAAAUCAUGUUCAAACAACGACUCAGUACUAAUACAAAGCGAGGAAGACAAAGAUCUGAUCACGUUUGUCUUCGAAAACAACAUCGAAGAUCGUGUUUCAAGUUUUUCUCUAAAAUUGAUGACCAUUGAGCAGGAUGCGCUGAGUAUCCCGGAGAACACCGAAGGCUUCGACGCGGAGAUCACUCUCAGCUCCAAGGAAAUGACGAACAUAUGCAAGCAGAUGAACGAGUUUUCCGACACCAUAAAAAUGGAAAUCAACAAGAAUUCAAUAACAUUCUCAACGCAGGGUGAUCUCGGGCACGGUGAAAUUGUUUUAAGAAACAGACCACCAUCUUCAGAGGGAGACUGUGGAGUUUCCAUAAAGGUCAGAAAUCCCAUAAAGCAAUCUUACGCAACAAAGUACCUAUCUAUGUUCACCAAGAGUGGCUGUUUGAGUGAUUCUGUUACCUUCGGGCUAAGUCAAAACCGUCCAAUUGAAGUCAAGUAUGACGUUAAGGACUCGUUGGGCGACGAUGGACGUCACGGCCAGGUUCUCGGCGAACUCAAGUUCUAUCUCGCCCCCAAAAUCGAUGAUGAAAUGGAAUCAGAUUAA